AUGGGAAAAAGUGUUGCAAUUAUUGACAUCGACGUUGAGCCGUACAGCCCCAAGCCGGUUUUGGGCGCAGCUUUGGCCGUAGUAAAAGGGCGCUCCGCCCCAAUGGACCUGGUACGAGUUGAAACCACAAACAAGAUUAUGUAUUCCUUCCUGUCAGUUGGAUGGGGUCUUCUCGCGGAUAUCGACAUCGAAAGCGAGAGAUUAAGGGCCAUCGGAGCCCAAAGAUUUACCAUUUGGAGUCUUCUAAGAUUGGCCACUCUCAGGACGUACAAAGGAACAGUUUCGUAUUUGCCUGUCUCCAAAGAACUUUUGGAGAAGAGAGGACUGAUGAACGAAUCAGACAGUGAAAGCAAGAGAUACAUUAACUCAAACAGGACCAAUAAUUUAACGCACAGCAUAUCUCAGAAUUUAAAAAUUGAUGAUUCUGAUGAUAAUUUGCAAUCGCAUAAUGAUUGGUCAUUUUUGGAUUUGAAUUCAUCUGCAGGUGCCUGUGCAGCAUGUGGUGGUUCUUCAGCAGGCACGUGCGAUUUAUGUGAUUCAGGAUUUGGAGAUGCAAUUAGUCUAGAAACUGAAUCGCCGCCUCCAAAGGGCAGUGUUCAGCAGCAGCAAAGGAGCAGCGAAACUGGCAGCUACAUGGAAGGCAGGCAGAGGCUGGAUUCGUGGUAUUCCACUACCAGCAGGAGGAGUACUUACUACUCGGCAGCGGGGGUUUCUUCUUACCACAGUGUGGAUGGUGAUACUCUUUGUGGUGACAAUAGCACCAUAGGCGGAAGUGAAGGAUCUGUCAUGAUGCACGGACCUGCAUCCAGGAUACCAGCACUUACAGCAAAAGUACCAGACGAGUGGGUUACCUUGAAAGGAGAAUUUGUAAUGGUCCAUGCUAACUACCAAACAUUCAUCGGUGCUGAUUGCUGUACCCCCAAGUCCACCCUGGACGACGGCAUAAUUUGGCUAAUAAUCAUCAAAGGUGGAGUCUCACGCCAAAGACUCCUGGCAUUCCUUCUAGGUUUGAGUUCAGGAACCCACGUCGAUGGGAAGAACUUCACAAACCUGAACGAAUCAGGAAAUGCCCAGGAUCCUUACGUCAGCAUGACGGCUGUGUCGGCUUUCAGAAUCACCCCUGACGAUGUGUCCAGGGGACAUGUUACCGUAGACGGUGAGAGUGUGCCUUGUGGUCCUGUUCAAGGUGAAGUGUUUCCAGGUUUGGUGAGGAUUGUUGUUCCUUGA